CCUCUUCAAAACAACUUCUAGGCCCACCCCCAAACCUACCCCAAAGACACGCAUUUUUUCCCAUCUCUCUAACAUUGUAUACAAAGUUUUGAUUGGCCAAACCAUGGAGACAGAGGAGUUCAGUUUCCCUAGAAUCAAUGAUACUUGUGCACAUAACAUUGAUUCACCUCCACUUUGGAAUCUAUCACCUGCAGCUUCUCCCAAUCCCUACCAAGGAAUCAAAGGAGAAGAAAAUGAGUUCUUUAGAGCAAAACUUGUAGCUGAGGCUCAGAGGAAGAGUUUUUCAUAUGUGGAAAAUUGUAGGAAAAAAAUUGGACUAGAGGAGGAGGAGGAUGAGAGAAUGGAUUUGUUGUGGGAGGAUUUGAAUGAGGAGUUGUAUACAACAACAGGGUCUGCUACCUCUUCUUCAAGGGAAGUGGUUGAAUUUAGAUGUGUUCCAUCAUUAACUGUUGCCAAUGCCAACAAAGGUGCACUACUUCCAACUAGGAACAAGCCAGGCAUGGUGGUGAUUGUGAAGGUCAUCAAGAAGCUUUUCUCCAUUAAUAAUUCUCAAGGUAAUCCAGAAAAAGAGUGAGAUAAGAUAAUUCUGUGAUUGUUUGUGCAAUUGGGGUUCUGGGUAUGUAUGACUGGUUUAGGAAGAAAUUCUCUUGCUUCAUUAGAAAGCGUUUUAAUCCAUGAGGAACCUAGUGGGCUAAUUGUGCCUUUCAAUGGCCAUUGGAUAUGUAAAUAGUGCAUAUAAAUUAUAGAGAAUGCUUAUUUCAUUUUAUAAGUUUACGCAUAUUCCUGAUGAUUAAACA